CUCACCGCGGUGCUCAUCGCCUCCAGUCUCGACGCCACCGCACCAGUCGUUUUGAAAAAGAAGUUCGAGUUAGUGUCUGUAAACUCUUGGUUCUCUGAGUUGUAUUGAUAGCUCAUUAAGGAUGAAUGAACACAAGUGCGUACUGAGUGCCUCCUGCUGCGGCUGUAGCCUGAGGAGCGGCACCCUCGCAAUUGGUAUACUAGGUGUGAUUGGUUGUAUCCUGAAUAUCAUCAGUGGCAUCUACUUAGGUGUGAAGGGAUUCGCUGAUGGAUGGAUAACUAUGGCAGUGAGCAUCAUUCACUUGAUCGUGAACAUCCUCCUCAUCCAAGGAGUCAAACAGGAACGACGCUCGUUUGUGAUGCUGUGGGUCUGGGUCUCGAUUAUCUGCGUGGUUCUGUACAGCAUCUUGGCUGUCGUUACCAUUAUCGUCUCACUCAAUAUCGCAUAUGCAAUCACUGUCUUCAUUGUAGUGGGUGUGAUUAUAUACUGCAUUCUGGUAGUACGCUCCUACGCCCUUUCUUUGGGAGCAACACCCACCGUGGCAUAAUUCUCUUUACAUCCUCAAAAAAGAGAAUACCAAUGGAAGGAUUGUACUGUACUCUCAUUUUCAUGUUAAGAGAGAAAUGAAAACAAGUUGUUGAAGUCCAAUUGGAAGUGUCUAGAAUGUUAUCUAACAUUUAAGCAUGAUUAAGGUUAAAUAAACUGUGUCCUGCCUCACUACAGUAUGUACUGGUUAUUUGUGAUAAAAUUACUGUACAAUAAAUCCCCAAUUUAUACGUGGGUUACGUUCUUGAUAAUCUUAAUUUACUGAAUUUGUGUGAAUCAAACUUAAAACCUCUUCUCUAAAAUAUGGUACAGCAUUUGUACAGUACUAUACCAUGUUCCAAAACCUUACGUUUUACAGAAAAUUAAAAUUUGUUAUAAGUUAUUAAAUCCUACACACUACUGAUACAAUAUACAAACACUGUACAGUACAUGGAAGAUAAACACAAGAAACAGCGAAGCAGAAAUUAAUGUUUCUAAUUUUAUUUUAUUUUUAUUUUAAUUGGGUUCAUGUUUUUCAUAAGUCAUGUACAAUAAAUAUUUAGUAAUUUAUAUAGAAUGGAGGAUGCAUUUAAUUUUUUUUUUCAAAGUUUGCAGCACAUUAGGAAGAGAACUGGUGUGAAUAGAGGGCUUACGGUACAGUGUGUUUCACCUUGAGGAGACUUACUGAUAUUAUUGAUAUUGGAACGGUUUAUUUAACCAGACAAAUACAGAUACAGAGUGGACAAUAAUAACAAUAGUGACGUGGCUGAGCCAAUUGAAAGCCUGAGCUCUCUUAGUGGCCUGGCCUGACAAGUAUCAUCUAUAUUAUAAAUAUGUUUUUAAGAAUAACAUAAGAUAUUAGAUUAUAAUCAUUAUUUUUUGUAACAUUACUAUGUGUAAGACAUACACACAUCAAUAUUUGGGUAAGAGAUAUUAAGUUAUCAAAUGUGCAUUGACUGUACAGUAUAACCUUUAAUAUCUAAAUGCCACUGAAAUUCUUGGAAUUUCUUCUUCGCAUUGGUUUGAAAUAUUCCGGUGUUAAGUAAAGUACAUAUAAAACAGUGAAUAUCCAUGACAUCCAACGAACAUUUUACGUUGUUAUCGGUAUUUAGGCUUUAUGAUCUAAGAUCUAGCAUCAACCAUUGUGUUCAGUAAAAUAAGUUUGAGUGAAUCACUUAAAGGUCACUGCCAGUCCCAUAUUUUAUUCAGUGUUAUUUUUGUACGUUCCAUAAAAUGGGUAAAAACUUAAAGAUAAUUAUAGCCUAGUUAAUGGUUUAGCUUUAAGCCUUUUUAAAACUUGUGGAAACAGUGUCAAGGACUCUUACCUCUGAAGCUUGAGGUCAUCAAACGAACCACAUCAACACCUAUUGACAUCCAUAGUAAUUUUAAAUCAGGUAAAAUUGUUUCUCUAUACUGUAGUUAGAAGUCAACAUGUUGUUUGAGCAACAUUACAGAAUAAAAUCUUUCUUGUGGGAAUUAUACAAUAUAUACCAUCACAAUUCAUACAUAAUACUCUACAAUAAUAAUUAAAACUCUACAAUAAUAAUGUUGUAUUAACUUUACAUAUGGACGUUUUUUACACUUGAGGAAUCACUGACACACACACACACACACACCAUCGCUUAUGUUCACCAGUAUAUCCCCCUCCGGACUCUCUUGUAGUGAUGCCACUGGAUCAAUUUUGCAACAAUUUUCGAUUCUUUCCUCACUGAUGGCAUGGCAGGUUGGCCAGAUGUAAAGGAAAUGCUUACACACAUUUUCCCUUCACUUUGUCAUUUAUUCAAUAUUAAUUACUGGUAUAAAAGACACGUUUCGUUAGCUCCCUUCCACAAAAAGCUUUAUAUCUGCUGUACACCUGCAAUGAUCCUUCACAUACACUGCUGUUCCUUGGAGGCUGAUGAUUAUUCAUAAUUCAGACAAUUCUAUUAGUAUAUGCUGUGACUGGUAACUAAACCUACAUAAUCAGUCAGAACUUAAAGGCCUUAUAUCAGACAGCAUACUUCUCAGUCGUGGUUUUGAGUGACGUCACACCUGUCCAAGUCAUGUAAUAUAUUAAAAGUGGUCGUAUGUUUCAUGGACUAUUUUGCAUGAAAACGUCUUAUUAACAGCAGACUUCAAAUUCAUAGGUGUCGCUUAGCAAAACACUUUUCUUCUGAAGUUAUUCACGUAGUUAUUGUGUGACCCCACCAGUGUGUGUAUGUGUGUGUGUGUGAUAGUGUUUAUUUGGUUGGUCUUCAUUCAAAACGUUUGACAUGCUCUAUGUCUUAUCACAAUACGCGUUAAAGGAAAUAAUAUGUUUGGGACUAACUGCUCGUGAAAUUAUGAAAGGAUUGAGGGGAGAUUUGAGGUCGAGUGAAGGUUCUCUGGCUUCAGGACGUGAGAGGGAAAGGUAAGGUUGGCAGAGAUCGUGUUCAACAUCAAAUUUUGUAUCGGUCAAUCUUUUGCACGUGGAUAAUAUAGCAAUCUACCCUCUCAUUAUAAUCCACAACUCAUUUCAUUUGGGACAGUCUCCGUUCAAUCACAACCAACAGAAAAUACAAAGUAGUGUUGUUUGUGACACUGGCUCUCUACAGUUUGCUCUCUAAAACUGCACGCUAGGGUAUAAUUCUUACUAAUUAGACCCAUGUUUGGGAUUUAAGACUGGAAAUAUUAUUUGUUCCUGUUUACUGCAUUCAAUUUUGGUGUCUGUAGUGAAGGGAGUUGCAUGUUGGCCCAUCUGGAUGUUAAAGUAAGAUAGAGAAAGACUGUGUGUAAUUUUAAGUGUAUAUGUGGAGUCUUAAAGUACAGUCCCCCCAAAAAAGUGUCAAAAGUAUCGUUAGAUUUUCUGUCGCUACAAUUUGAGAUGAUAGAUGAAGUGUUUUGAUAUGAUUCCCAGAGCAUCAUCAUAAGUUGGAACACCUGCUCGCCAUAUCAGCAACACCUGAAGGUGUGGGUAGGAUUGGGGGUCGUCCUUUUAUGGCAUACUAGAUACUGUACUUCAAUAUAACAAGAAAUCCAUUUACCUAUAUUAAUGCACAGGGUAUGUAUCAUUCGAAAACGUAUAUACUCAUUCAUGCUCAAAGGACGCGGAUGUAGAAUUACCAACCGUUAAAAACAGGUCGAGUAACAUUGCUCGGAAAGCCUCGAAUCACAUCGACACCAUGGCUAACGAUACUUGUUUUUUUUGGGGGGGACUUACAUGAACUUCAAUGUAAAAAGGCCGUGUGAAAGCCAUUCUUUGUGCCUUCAGUGAUAGUGUACGUUAUUCACUCAUUCAUGUCUGUGUUGAGUAAUGCUAAAUAGGAUUUAUCCUUCUGAAAUUCUGUCAUUUGAAUUUCUUAAUAAUGGAAAUACGCUAAUUUUCUGAACGCCAUGAAGGUGGCAUCUUCAGGAGCAAUGUUUCUUCAAUAUUUUUGUUACAAGUUUCAUAUUGUCAGAAGAUUAUUGACCUUAAAGAAAAUUAUAAUGUGAAUGUUAA